GCGCUGCACAGUGCACACGCUAUACGUUGGCCGAGUCAGUACCCCUCCUCACCCCGCGCUGACAGGACCAGUGUUCAUUCAUCUCCCGGAUAACAUAGAAGUGAAAGCGUGUGCACUGACUCAUUGCGUUGUAACAGUGAUUUGAAAUUUUGUGUGUUCUCGCGUUGCAGUUCAAGUUCAAACACUGUAAUGAUUAACACGAUCUGGCACGUCUGCGCUGUGCCCCUUGACCUGCCGGGGACGAGGCGCGAGACAGGUCAAAUGUGUCCUUACUGCCGCCGCGACAUGAUGGCCACACUGCAGGCUGGCAAUACUGAUCUGGCUCUUCCUGACGUGGUCACCAGCAACACACCGUCGCCCACGCCUCUACAUGACGUCUACUUCUUCCCGACCGAGGAACUCUGCCCCGCCCAUGCACACAUACGCGCCCCCACACACACCCAUGCCCCGCCGCAAGACUCGGGCGCCUCCACACACACACCAUGCCCCGACGCAAGACUCGCACGCCCCUGCCACACCUACUGCCCCGAGCUGUCCUCUCGACCUACCACUAUUGCAGUGGAUCGCGCACCCCCCAAGGAAGGAGCAGGAUCGAGGAGCGCCAGGUGAGGCCGAGGGGGCGUGUGUGGAGUGGGCACAGGUGGGCAAGGAGCUGAAGCAAGUGGCCGACACAUUCCAGUCCGAACACAGAGCGACCGCAGAGGAGCAGCAGGAGUCUUUCUUCGUUAACACUCUAGCGACGGGUCUCUGCCUUUCCCUCCUGUGUCUCAUUUCCUGGAAGGUCCUCACGCAGACACAAUGAACAACCAAACCAAGAGCAAGUCAACACGGGUGAUGCAAUAAGGGACGCCUCCCGCCCGUCCCGCCUACUCACAGUCGAACACGUAGCAAGAUCUGGCGUUGCAAGAACGUGGCAUGAUUCCUGCGAAAAAAAGCGCAUUUCUUUCGUCCUUCAUGUCCGAGGAAAUAUUUUGUGCAUUAGUAUGUGGUGUGGAGAAGGUGUGUGUGUGUCUGUGUGUGUGUGUGUGUGUGUGUGUGUGUUUUAUACAAGUGCAAGGAUAUACUCAUCUCUUCCUUUGGUCUUUCAUUAGUGCUGUAAGUAAUGUGGAUUAUUAUUUCGUUAUCAUUAUCAUUAUUAUUACAUUUAUCAUUACCAUUAUCAUUAUUACCAUUGUCAGUAAUACUCUGGUGCAAUGAAUAACCAUAUCAGGCAUUCCUUUUAUUUAUCGCACAUCCUUGAUACUUAAUGUGAUAACAGAUGCCAAUAAAAAAGAAAAAAACUUUAA